CCCGCCUAUCAUACGCAUUUCUUUUUCUUUUUCUUCUUUUUCUUUUUUCUUCACUAUGCUUUCUUCACGCUUAAGAACUAUCACUCGUCAAACUGCUAUUACUGCUGCUUUGACUAGACCUGUUGUCCAAAAGACAGCUAUCAAGAGUGUACCUAUUGUUUGUAGUCGUCGCUCUUACGCAACUAAGGAUAAGCAAGUUGCAUAUACGGUAGACAAAUUCCCUGGUUACGUCCGUAACGAACAAUUUAAAAAGCUCACUGAACAAGACGUUGACCACUUUAAGACAAUUGUGGGUGACCAUGGCUUGAUCUACAAUAACGAAGAUGAUUUGUUUGCUUUUAAUACGGAUUGGAUGCACAAAUUCCGUGGCAAGUCACAACUUGUGUUGAAGCCCAAGACAACUCAACAAGUAUCUGAUAUUAUGAAAUACUGUAAUGAACAAAGAUUGGCUGUUGUUCCUCAGGGUGGUAACACAGGUCUUGUGGGUGGUUCUGUUCCUGUAUUUGAUGAAGUUGUUCUCAGCUUGCAGGGAUUAAAUAAAAUUCGUGGAUUUGAUAGUGUAUCAGGUAUCUUGACAGCCGAUGCUGGUUGUGUACUUGAAGUACUUGAUAACUGGUUGGGUGAAAAGGGCUAUAUGAUGCCAUUGGAUUUAGGUGCUAAGGGCAGUUGUCAUAUUGGUGGCAAUAUUGCUACUAAUGCUGGUGGUUUGAGAUUGUUACGUUAUGGAUCUCUUCAUGGUACUGUAUUGGGUUUAGAAGUCGUUCUUCCUGAUGGUACCAUUCUUGAUAAUAUGUCUACCUUAAGAAAGGACAACACAGGUUACGACUUGAAGCAACUCUUUAUUGGAUCAGAAGGUACUAUUGGUAUUAUUACAGGUGUAUCUAUCUUGACUCCUCAUCGUUCAAAGGCUGUCAAUGUUGCCUUGUUGGGUUUAAACUCUUUUGAAGAUGUACAAAAGGCAUUUAAGCAAUCUCGCGUAGAACUCUCUGAAAUCCUAUCUGCCUUCGAAUUCUGGGACAAGAAUGCUCUUCAUAUGUUCAAGAAGCAUGCUACACCCAAAGAUGUCAUGGAAAAUGAAUAUCCUUUCUAUGUCUUGAUUGAAACCAGUGGUUCUAACAAGGACCAUGAUGAUGAGAAAUUGACCACUUAUCUUGAAAACAUGAUGGUGGAUGGUGUUGCUGAAGACGGUGUUGUUGCUCAAGAUGAGACACAAAUCCGUGCUCUUUGGAGUUUGCGUGAAGGUUUUACUGAAGCACUCGGUAAAGAACCUGCUGUCUACAAAUACGAUAUUUCAAUGCCUGUUCCUAAAUUGUAUGAAUGUGUACAAGAUAUGCGUCAACACUUGAUGGAUGGUGGUGUCUAUGGUCAGCCUGAUUCUCCUGUGACAGAUGUGGUUGCCUAUGGUCAUGUUGGUGAUGGCAAUUUGCAUUUGAACAUUGCUGCCAGUCGUCUUGAUAACAAGGUAUCUGCACUGAUAGAACCUUAUUUGUUUGAAUGGGUUGCCAACCAUCAAGGAUCAAUUAGUGCUGAACAUGGUUUAGGUGUAGCCAAGAAUGAAUUCUUGGGUUAUUCUAAAUCCCCUGUCAUGAUUAAGAUGAUGAAGACCAUGAAGAACAUGCUUGAUCCUAAUAGUAUCAUGAACCCUUACAAGUACCUUCCCACUCACAAUUAGAUAAAUUGUACUAUCCCAUAGAAAAUAAAUUCUUUCUUUAUGAAUCUUA